UCUUGACACAUAAAUUUGAACAUAUUAAACGUAUGUAAGUAUUAGAUGAAGAAUAAAAAUCUGAAAUGAAUUUGAAGUGAAAGUUGAAUAUUUAACAAAACAUUUCGUCAAACAUUUUUUUCCUGUAAAUCGUGUCUGACUCUAGUUUCGGUGAAAGAAUAGUAUGACAGUAGAAUAGUUGUAUAAGUUUAUGGGUACAUUUAUAUAUCUGUGACUGUAUCUGCUUACUUAGUAUUGGUCAGAUAUGGUUGACACGUGAAAAGAAAUUUCAUUUUAUUAUUAUAUGUAGGAAGCUUAUACGUAUUCUUACGGGGAAUUGAAUAGUAUUUAAUUAAAGAUUUAUGUUUUAGAAUAAAUUAUUUUUUGUAUACAAUUUUAUUGUUAUUUAUCGUGUAUGUAUUACGAGUAAUUACAAAUUAAGGUUAUGUUUAUACUGGCAAAACAAUGUGUGGUAUAUUCUGUUAUAUUUCACAAAACCUUGAAAGGAGUGCACAAGUAUCAAAUGAGUGGAAUGGUUGUAAGGACUUGAUAUAUGCUCGUGGUCCUGAUAAAGUAACAGAAAAAGUUGAACACCUAACUCAGAGUUGGUUUGGACAUUUUAAUGCUUCUAUACUAUGGAUGCAAGGUUCUAAUUUAUAUGGACAACCCACUAUAGAUUCUAUUGGAAAUAUUCUUUUAUGGAAUGGAGAUAUAUUUUCUGGAGAUUUGGCACAAGAUAAUAUAUGCGAUACUGAUGUAGUACUAAAUGCUCUUCAGUCAUCCUUGAAUAUUAUGCCUGUAUUUAAAAAAAUACAAGGCCCGUAUAGUUUUAUAUAUUUUCAGAAGUCGACAAAUAUUUUAUAUUUUGGCAGAGAUAUCAUAGGACGACACAGUUUACUUUUAAAAGUGAAUACGGAUGAAAAUGCUUUGCUCUUAACAUCUGUUGCUAGUAAAGAAAUAAGUGGAACUAUAGAAGUUCCUGCAAUUGGAAUCUUUGCAGUAAAUUUAACUAAUUUGAGAAUAAAUCUUUCAUGCUAUCCUUGGAAAGAGCCAGAUUUAAGAUUCACAGACAUUAUUGAGAUGUUAGAAACACGCCUGAAUGUAGAUAUCAAUAUUAGAGAUACCAUAUCAGAAUUUAAUACUUCAACGCAUUUACAUAUGCAUCCUAAUAUUAAAGAUAUAGAAUAUUUAGAAAAUAGUCCUUGUUUUGACAGCUUUUACAAAACAUUAGAAUAUUUGUUAAAAUGCAGAGAUACAUACGAAAGAGUAGACUAUCUAUCGCAUCUUCUUCAUAAAGCUGUAGAAGUUAGAAUAAAAAAACAGCCAAAAUUCUGUAAAAUGUGUAUACAAUUAGUUUUAAACGGCGAAAAAAUUGCAUGCGAUCACGCAAAAGUGGGUAUUUUAUUUUCGGGAGGUUUAGAUUCUGCAAUUUUAGCAUUAAUUGCGGACAAAUAUGUGGUAGAAAAUGAACCUAUCGAUUUGAUUAAUGUUGCAUUUGAAAAAUUAGUUAAUACAUCUAAAAAAUCCAAUGAAAAUAACGUUAAACGAAGUGUAGAAGAACAGUACGAUGUUCCUGAUAGAAAAACUGGAAAACAAACAUUUAUGGAACUUUCUAAGAUUUGUCCGAAAAGAAAAUGGAAUUUUAUAGAAGUAAAUAUUAGUCAGACAGAAUUACAGAAAUAUCGUUCUUCACGAAUUUGUAAUUUACUGUAUCCACUUUGUACUAUAUUAGAUGAAAGUUUAGGCUGUGCUGUAUGGUUCGCAAGUCGUGCGAAAGGUACAAUCAAUGGGAGUGCAAACAUCUAUGAAUCUCCUUGUAGAGUACUGUUGUUAGGCAUGGGAGCUGAUGAAUUGUUUGGUGGCUACAUGAGACAUAGAACAACAUUAAAACAUAAGGGAUGGGAUGCUUUAGCUCAAGAGUUAAACAUUGAAUUGUCUAGAAUUUCUGAGAGAAAUUUAGGCCGUGAUGAUCGUAUCGUGUCUGAUCAUGGACGGCAAUCUAGAUUACCAUAUUUAGAUGAAAAUGUAGUACAGUAUGUUCAACAAUUGAAACCAUGGGAAAGGUGUUAUCCAACAGAUAAAAUGCCAUCAGGUUUAGGAGACAAAUUAUUGCUACGUUUAGUAGCGUAUAAACUUGGUUUUCGAAAUACUGCAAAUUUUCCUAAGAGAGCAUUUCAAUUUGGAUCUCGAAUUGCUAAUAAUAAAGAAAAUGCUAAAAGUAUAUCAGAUCGCUUAUAAAAUCAUGUCUUUUUGUUUUCAACAAAAGUACAUUCGGAGUUCAAAUUUUGUAGCUAUUAAAACGAUGAUACGUGUACACAAUUAUGUGAUCGAAAUGUUUGGAAUUGUAUGAAAUUGAAAUGGGCAUUCAGAGGUCUAUAAAUUCUUAAGAACAGAAAUAAAUAAUAACGAGCAUACGAUUUUUCAGUUUAGUUCGGAGUUUCGCCGCUAGAUGGCGCUACAA